CACUUUAAAUCUAUUCAAAUUUAAAAAAAUAAACGAUCACAUCGUAUUAAAAUUGGGAGUGCAAAUGGCGUAAUUACUUGGUCCAGGAAAAUAAUAAGAUAAUUGAUGUGCACCGCAGUUGCCGGUGGCGCAUCAAAGGCCACGAAAUAAAUUUAGCCGCCGGUUAUCAGGAGUGAUUAGGAGCCGUGGUAAUACGGAUGAAUCAAUGCAGUAGGGAGGCCGUGUUACCAAGAACUUAUCAAUGCAAUACAGUACAAUGUUACAAUGGCCAGACAGCUGUUGAGGUUGACACGCUUUGUACUAUGCACGAUUUUAGUGGUCACCGUUCUGAUGACAAUUAUGGUGGACGGACCUAACCAGGAUACACAGCAUUUGGGUCUAAUCGUACAGGAAGAACAGCAAGAUAACCGCAGCAACCCCGAACUCGGCGUGUGGCUGUAUCGCGGGUCUGACUUCAUCACUCAUGAAGAUGGACGCGAGAACGUAGAAGAAAUGCAAUUACUGUUUCUAACAAGAAAAAAGUUCAUGAAUCGAGUUUGUAAACAUGAAGUCAGCAACCGUGCCCAAACCGUGCCUCUGAACCACAAAGAGUUCUUGAUAAACAGGGAGUUUAAAAUUGUAUGGUGCAGUAUUUUCAAAUCAGCUUCGUCUUCGUGGUUUGCGUACUUCCUUACACUGGCAGGUAAAAAUCCGAAUGUGAGAAAGAACUCCGAAGUCGAGCUGGCUCGUAAAACAGCAUAUCCACGCCCUUCCAUGCAAGACUUACAAGAAGUUCUCAACGACCCGUCGUACACUUCUUUCGUUAUUCUUAGAGAGCCUUUCCAAAGAAUUCUAUCUAGCUAUCUCGACAAGAUCGCAGGCAAAGAAGAAAGAUAUUAUCACUCAGUUCGCUGCAAAAUGACAAAACAGAAAAGAAGAACUUCUAAGCCAUGCUUCCCAACGUUUCCUCAAUACGUGGACUAUAUUUUAGAACAGUACGCUGCCGGCAAAAUGUUGGAUGAACAUUGGCAGCCCUACACACUCUUCUGUUCGUUGUGCCAAGUGAACUUCACUUACGUUCUUGCAUUUGAAAACAUCGCCGAGGAACAAAACUUCCUUUUGAAUCAUGUGGAAGGGCUACAAAAUUAUCCAUUAAAACAUGAGCAUUCGUCGGAGCACAACUAUAGUGCGCAGGUGCGUGAACAUUAUAGUCAACUCUCCCGAGCACAGCUGGAUGGGCUCGUGGAUAUCUAUAAGGACGAUUUUUUGAUAUCUGGUCACUCAUGGAUUGAGUAUUACGAGUAUAUUCAGUGAUCAAGCUAACAUUUUUACGUUCCGAAAAUACGUUAACCGCCACAAGCUGUAGAAAUAUUUAAUAGCGAACAACUCAGAUUUGGAAAGGUACAGAACGUUGCACUUACAUCAUAGAACAGCAGGGGCAAUGCCCAUUCGUACUGACUAUUACAUAUAAGUACUGACAACACACGUCGGAGCCGGACCACAUUACAACUUGCUACGUAUGACGCGUCUCACCAGUUCUUUAUUACGACAAUUUUUGUCUGACAAUUCGAAUCGUAAAAAUUUCAUUUAAAACAUCAUUAAAAUAAAUAGCAAAGUCAUUGAAGCAGUGAACGAAGCAUCUCGAGAGAAGAAGAGAGACAACGUUCAGAGAUUAUAAAGCCGGGAAUUAGAACAGUCAAGUAACGAAUCCCGCGCAAUAAUAAUUAUUAGCGAACAGGAGUACGGUUACGGCGAUCAGCAGCUGGGGUACGGCGACGAGCAUAGCGGUGAAGACAAAGUAACCAUUCCGAAGUACGACCAGUAUUAGUGUACGGCCAUUCCAACCUUCACGCAUCGUUUGUAGCUAUGAAGGCAGUACAAUGGCUGCGGUCCGGCUCAUUGAAAAAAUACGGCCGGGAACGUUUGGGUGAGAUUAGGUAUUACUAUUAUCAUUAUAUUAUACCACCGUCGCAUCACUCUUAGGAGAUCGCGCUACGCAUCAAAGUUUCAUUAUAAAGUAGGAAGUUCUAGUGAUGCAAGGAAUAGGUGUUCAAAUUUGAUUUUGUCAGGAUUACAUUAUUUUGUACAUGUGAUUUUAUCUACUUAUGAUAAACAGGGUCCAGUUCCUAGUUUAAUAUUGAAUGUACCAGUGUUUCAUCGUAACCUUCUCUUUGUAAUAUUUAUGUCGUGGUUUAUAUAUUGAUACGGGAACUAUAUAUAAUCACGUCUUAGAGGAAUGAAUUCCGGGACGCUAUGAGCGCAACGCUACUUACCUGCGAUAAAAGUAUGGAUUAUUGAUAAAAUGCAGUAAAAUACAAGGAAAUACACAUUUGCUUAUUUAUUUAGCAUUUUGUUGAAAAUUGACAGACAAAUAAAAAGAUUAAAAGGAUCAGAGUUGGGUCAAAAGUUUCUCUCUCGCGAAAGCUUUGUUGAAAUAAGAGCUAAUUAACUGACAACACAAUGCAUCGAAAAAAUAUACGGAGCCCCAGCUCAGAAUGAUUUGAAAAUGAAUAGAAAUGCAAGCGUUUUUACCAGAAACGAGUGGGAGGGAUCGAUGGAAUAAUAAAUUAGGUACAUAAUUUAAAAAAAAAAGAGUGGUUCGCUUCAAAAUUUGAACGGUAUUGUUGUAGUUAUCAAACCUGGUCAAUGAAAGAUAAACUAAUAACCUUCAUGAGAUAUCAGGUGAGAAAUAUUCUCGUGUAGAUCGGAUCGAAAAUCAAUUAAAUUGACCUACAAUAGUUUCUAAUAGUUUUAAAUUUUGCUCGUAGUUCAAGUCCAUAGAUGAAGAAGAGGAAAUGUUCAUAUAUUAGGAAUGAUCGAGGCCCCAGUUGCCACACUGAUUAAUUUGUCUAACAAAAAUUU